GCCAGGGGUCAAGAAAUGGAAAGCGUCUACAGCCAUGUCAAACAGCUGCUGGAGGACAGCAGGGUUGUCCUGGACCAGACCAACUUGGUUCUGGUGCCAGUUAACAACACCACUGUGUCUUCAUGGCUGCUUAGGAGGGAUAAGAGGAAGGACAGGGACAUGCUGCUGCAAGGCACUAUACUUCCCAAACAGCUGCACCUGGCUAAGGAGUCUCUCCCUGCGAUAAACACACUUCCGGCUGCCCCUGUGCAGCAUGCUCAUGAAGUGAUGACAUUUGAGGAGCCUGAAAACCACGAGGGGGAAGCUUUCCCCCGCCAGUGCACCCUGGCGGCAAACAGGCCUGUGUCCUAUCUACCAUUGCCACCUCCCCGAUUCCCUCCACAAUUUGUGCCAGCUCCUCCAUUCAUGCAAGCGCCUCCGUUCAUGCAAGCUCCUUCUUUCCAGCAAGCUCCUUCUUUCCAGCAAGCUCCUUCUUCCCAGCAAGCUCCUUCUUUCCAGCAAGCUCCUCACCAGCAAGCGCCUCACCAGCAAGCGUGCCUUCCACCUCAGCCAAGGCAACGUGCCUGGAGACUGCAGAAAGCUUCCCAGGAAGAUGAGGAGCUAGUGGCUAUGGGCGCGCAACCACGAAAAAGGCUGGCAAAGGAACAUUACCACUACACCUGCAAGGGGUGUGGCCAUGAAAAAAAUAAAAAGACUGGACACACCCAGCUGAAGGGGCGGUGGUACUGUCCAGCCUCAGGACUGACACUGGAUCAGUGGAAGAACAGUUUAAAGUAGUUGCUGUCAUUGUUAUAUUGUUACCAGCUGCGGCACGAAAUGUCAGUGAAUGCUGGUAUUGUUUAUAAUUUGUGUCUGUUAUUUUUGAAAAUUAUUCUAAUGUUCAGUCUCUCUUCAUGUCUGUCUGUUCGCAGAUGGGUUCUAGUUUUACACUUACUGUGUGGUUCAAUAUUGUUCAAAUAAAUUAAAUUUUAUUUGAGCCAAGAACAGCCUUCACAUUUUUAUUUAAUUUCCACUUGAAAAACAGGAUGACAGUGAGUGUCAAGCCAGAGUUACUUGCAGAAUCAUUUUAAAUUUGUUAACAAAACCUGACACUCUUUGUCUCAACCAAAGAUUUUUGAAAAGUACUUUCUGUGCUCAAUUUGGAGUUUGUUUUAUUCACUUGUGCUGCACAGAUUUGACCAAAAAAAGGAGCGGUAAAACAUGUCGAAGUACUAAGUACUUCCUUAGUAGAUACUAGAAAAAAUAAUAUAUAUAAUAAAAAAUAAAUUACUAAGUAAUUUAAUAAGUUUAUGUUUACAAUUAUACAGUGUUAAUACAUUGUUUUGGUGCAUGCUGCCACCUACAGUAGACUUUAGGAAUGUCCAAAGCGCUUUGGUACAUUGGGAUGUUGCCACAGCACAGGUUCAAAUCCCGCAAGAGACAUGAAAAUUAAAGU